AACCGUAGCUCGGUAGCUCCCCUCCAAAACCAAACGCAGCAUCGGCAUCGGUUCCUCCGUCCCUUCGCCUUCCCCGCCUCAUCCGUCCCCACCAAACCAAAGCAUCCGCAUACUUCAAAAAAAGCAAAAAAAAAAAGAAAAAAAAAGAAAAAACAAGAAAAAAAAAAAGAGAGACAUAUAUAUAGGACUCAACGAGGAGACUCGGAGGUGCGCCGUGCGAUGGCUCUCCACGCCGCCGCUUCCUCCGUCGCCGCGUUCGCUUCGAACUCCCGACUCCGCCCCACCAACUCUCCCUCGCCGAGGGCUUUCCCCACAACGCCUCUUUUCCCUUCUUCUUCCUCCUCCUCCUCUUUCGCCCCUCUCCGUACACAUACAGGUUGCGUAAGAGCAGCUGCGGGCAGCAAUGGAGUUCUCGCGGCCGGCGAAUCUCCGCUCAUAGUGUGCUUCGGAGAAAUGCUGAUCGAUUUUGUCCCGACCGUCAGCGGCUUGUCGUUGGCCGAAGCCCCCGCCUUCAAGAAGGCUCCCGGGGGUGCUCCUGCUAAUGUCGCCGUUGGCAUAGCUCGGCUCGGCGGUUCGUCGGCAUUUGUCGGGAAGGUCGGUGAAGAUGAGUUUGGCUACAUGUUGGCUGAUAUCUUGAAAGAGAAUAACGUGAACAACCAGGGCUUGCGGUUCGAUCCUGCUGCUCGAACAGCUUUGGCCUUUGUAACGUUACGAAGCGACGGCGAACGCGAGUUCAUGUUUUAUCGCAAUCCUAGCGCUGAUAUGUUGCUUGAAGUAAACGAACUUGACCUUGAUCUUAUAACAAAGGCAAAGAUCUUCCAUUAUGGUUCUAUAAGCCUUAUAACUGAACCAUGUAAAUCGGCACACGUUGCAGCAGCUAAAGCUGCUAAAGAUGCUGGAGUGCUUCUGUCUUAUGAUCCAAAUCUGCGUCUACCGCUGUGGCCGUCGGCCGACAGUGCUAGAGAGGGAAUCUUGGGCAUAUGGGAAAUUGCUGAUAUUAUCAAGAUCAGCGAAGAAGAGAUUUCCUUUCUGACGAAAGGAGAGGAUCCUUAUGAUGAUGCUGUUGUGCGAAAACUCUUCCAUCCAAAUCUUAAGUUGCUGCUAGUAACAGAGGGGCCGGAUGGUUGUAGGUACUAUUCCAAGGAAUUUAGUGGGAGAGUAAGUGGACUAAAGGUGACAGCUGUGGACACUACUGGUGCUGGAGAUGCCUUUGUUGCUGGAAUACUAUCUGGAUUGGCCUCAGAUUUUUCAUUGCUCCAGGAUGAAGGAAGGCUAAGAGAAGCUCUGAAAUUUGCAAAUGCUUGUGGAGCUCUCACUGUGAUGGAAAGAGGAGCAAUCCCUGCACUACCAACCCGUCAGGCCGUUCUCGAUGCAUUGGUUAACAUAAUUGCUUAAACUAUUGCUAGUUAUAAUCCCGGGCUCAUUCAUUGUUCGCGGCCUUGUAAAAUGAUUUAGCUUUUAGAGAACCAUAUAUUCAGUGAUUAAUUUUCAAUUGCAACUUCCCGACUUCCUGUUAAGAAACAAAACAGCUUUGCCGAAAAACUCGACCAUGUACUGUUGUACUCUAAAUUAGUAUCAAAAUAAGCUGUGGAUUGAGCUAGUCUUAUUUGUAAAUGGCAUUUGGUGUAGAGUGUGUGAAAAAUUAAA